AUUAUUAAUUUUUUUUUUUUUUUUUACUCUGAUAGGUCUUUGUUAGCUUAAUCUCGUAGUGAUUAGAUUCUGAAUUGCAUGAAAUUGAUCGUGUGUGUGGGACUUCAUUUGGACAGAGUAGAAUCUCGCUUGCUUUGCAAUAUGGGGGACUUUAAAUUGGUUAAUCUGAUGCAAAAUUUCGGUUUUUAGGGUUUUUUCUGGGUGGGUUGUAGCUAAAUUUGUAAGUCUUUUUAAUUUGGGUUUUUGCUUGUUUUGGAAGUUUUCAUUCAAAGGAGUUUAGAGGCGAGUUAAAGAAUUUCAUAGUAGUGUUUUGUUGUUAUGUGCAAUGUUAUAGUGAUGAAUCUUAGUAUAAAUUAAAAAAAAAAAAGAAAGAAAGAUAGUUUGAUAUGCAGAUGGGUUUUUCUUGCUGCUGAAGUGAUUGUUGUUUGUGUUUUAUAUCAUCCAUUAUGAAUUCUAUGUGUAGUUUUUAUUUUAUGAAUGACAUGUCAUCUCAAACCCAUUUAGAUGAUCAGUCAAUUUUCAGCAACAAUGGGUGGGCAUUUACCUUCGGUUGAAUUGGUACACCAUCCUAUAGUUGAAUCCUACAAAAUGUUUUGUUUGAAAUUGAAAUGGUUACACAGUCAUUUUGACGAAACCUUGGAGUUCUGUUAUUCCUAGCAGGUUUUGUGUCCACAAUUUGUUGAAAUUGAAAUGUUUUGCACAUUUCAGUCGAGUUCUAACUCAAUUGGUAUCUCUUUCCCUUGUAAAAGCAAGGCAGAGGGUGAGGUAGUGGGUUGAAGACUCACCGAGUAGGCAUGUAACUUACCAAUAACCCACACAAAAAAAGUUUUACACAUUUCAUUCAGGAUCUCUGUGGUGCAGUAGUCUGUCCCUUACUGUACAUUUUUACUUCUAAGACUUCUAUUCUACUCACUAUUCUAGCAAUUUCCUGGUUUCCUCCAUAUGGAAUAAUUGGAGGUUUCCACUCUUUCAAAGUUAGGAAGAAUGGAAUCUGUUUAGCAAAUGACAUGUUAUGCAUUUUCUAAACUGGGCUGUCUUGUAUAUCUGAAACAUCCUUGGCAUGAAAAUUUUAAGUUCUCUUUUAUCUAAGGGAGAGUUGGCAUCCUGUAUAUUUGAUGCAGCCAUGGAAUGAGGGUCAAGUUGCUGUCUUCAGACUGAUUUUCACUUUCGGUCAUUCUGCACGAUGUGAUUGAUAUAGACAAAGAGGGGGAUUCUGCUGAUGUAAUGUUUAUUGAUGAAAAAGUUCACACAAGUAAAAAAGGGAAGGAAAUAAAAGAUGUGGCUGAUGGUUAUGGUCAUCAUCAAGCUAAGGAAGAUUUUGCUAAUUAUAUUUUUGGUGCUGGUGUGGAAAUGUUUGGAUCAGUGAAUGGGGUUGAGUCUUCUGAGAUGCAUAAUUUAAUCAACCUUGAUGGUCAUAGUUCUGAUCUAUCUUAUGAUGAUAAUAAUGAGUAUGCUGAUUUUUUUCCCGAUGAUAUCUAUGAUGUUGAUGAGUAUGCCAUUUUGCAAGCCCAUUUUGAUAGCAUGGAUAUUCCUCCUGGAAUAGAGGCACCAGUUCCUUGGUUGCCAGAUUUUGCACAACAUGAGAAACAGCCAGUUACUGGAAGUAGUUCACACUAUACGGAGUCACAAAUGCACUUGGAUAUUGUCGGUCCCCAUGGCAUGGACCCUUCUCUGCCUUCGUGGUCUGAAAAGCCCAUUCACAUCAACAAGAAUCUAACUUCGGCCAGUGGUUCAAGUAUGGAUUCUGUCGUUCACCCUCAUUCAAAAGGUGGCCAAAAUAAAAAGAAAUCAUCUGCUUCACACCAUAGAGGGAAUUCUUUGAAUCUCCCACUUGGGAAAGAAUCAUCUAAAUCGCGGUGGUUUUUGGAUCCUUUCAAAAGUAAGAAGAAACCAUUUGCUUCAAGUAGUUCACCCAAUUGUAGUUAUGUAAAGAAAUUGGAUGCAAUGAAGCUCCCUUCUGGAGCUGAGCCAUCUUUUUGGGGACAUUAUACUCCUGAGAAUGUAAAGAAGCAAGUUAGUAGCAGUACAUAUUAUCCAACUAACCCAGUGCAUGCAGAUGCAUUUAAGUAUCCAGCUGGGGUGCAUACAGAUGCAUUUAAGUAUCCUGCUGGGGUGCAUGCGGAUGCAUUUAUGUAUCCUGCUGGGGGCCAUACAGAUCCAUUUAAGUAUCCUGCUGGAGUAGAACCACCCACACCCUUGUGGACGCCACCUUUGACUAACCAUCCAGGUUAUUAUUUUCCAUUUCAUGGUUUACACGCUCCUCCUGAAGAUGUGGAAGAGUUCCCCUGGGUUCCGGAUUCUGCCCAAAAUCAAAAUAAUGCAGCUGCUGAAGGUAGUUCAACAUUCUCAAUUGAGGCAAUCUCUGGCAAGGACAAAGAUGAAAUUUUGAGGAGGUUCCAACUUUUUAAACAAUUUGAUACCGUGGAAGACUAUUCGGAUCAUCACUAUACUGGCUAUGGUUCUACCACAAAGCAGCCAUCAAGGACUUGGGCAAAGAAAAUUCAGGAGGAGUGGAAGAUCCUGGAGAAGGAUCUACCUGAUACAAUAUUCGUUAGAGUUUAUGAAUCAAGGAUGGAUCUUUUGAGGGCUGUCAUCGUUGGAGCAGAGGGUACUCCCUAUCAUGAUGGUCUCUUCUUCUUUGAUGUUUUCUUCCCCUGUGGUUAUCCUAAUGUACCACCGAAUGUCUACUACCACUCUGGUGGCCUUCGACUCAAUCCUAAUCUGUACAAUUGUGGGAAAGUAUGCCUGAGUCUACUUAAUACCUGGUCUGGUAACAAGAAUGAGAAGUGGAUCCCAGGUGUAUCGACCAUGCUUCAAGUUCUUGUCUCCAUACAAGGGUUGAUCUUGAAUACAAAGCCCUAUUUCAACGAGCCUGGAUAUGCACAUAUGAGUGGCUCAGAGUCUGGUGAAAUGAGGUCCCAGCAAUACAAUGAGGAUACAUUUGUUCUCUCACUAAGAACAAUGAUGUACACAAUGAGGAGGCCACCAAAGCAUUUUGAGGACUUUGUUAUGGGGCAUUUCCGAAACCGUGCCCGAGAUAUUCUGGUUGCAUGCAAAGCAUAUAUGGAAGGUGCUCAAGUAGGAUCUCUGGUCAAAGGUGGGGUGCAGGAUGUUGAUGUGGGUGACAGGAGCUGCUCAAAGCGGUUUAAGGAGUCUUUGGCAGGCUAUGUGGAUAUGCUUGUCAAGGCAUUUACUCAAAUUGGAGCUGAGGGCUGUGAGAUAUUCCAGUCUCCUGGAAUGAAUGGGAACAAGCGUUUCUGUGGUAUGCCUAAGGCUGCAACAUGAACACUCUUCUUGAUGAAAGACUGAUUAAGACUUGACACAAAUUAUUUUCCAUCCUUGACAUGCAACUUAGGUUUCUAAUCCUAUUUUGAAUAGUUUUGAGAUAAAUUAUAGAGUAUCAUAUGUUCAUACCUUGAGGCCACAGACAUAAUUUGGGAUACUGUAUAUAGCUGCAGAUAUGAAUGGGCUUAAGAAGUCUCUGUCAACUGUUUUAGGAUAAAACCAGAUCCUUCCCGGUAAGUUACAGGUUUUGGUUUCUAUCUUGAAUAGACUUCAAUUCAAAAGUUUUUAUAUUUAUAAUCCUAGGAUACUUACAAGAGAUUGCACAUAUGUCUAGAUAUUGUCAGGUAUGUCUUAUCCUUGGGGGAAUCAGUGUUAUUGUCUAAACCCUGACUACAUACAUGGAUGGCACAUAAUUUUUACAGAUUAAACAAUUUAACUCUUUAAUUUAUCUUGAUUUGAGAA